AUGCAAAGAGACAUAUUUGAUCGAAUGUUGGGGAUAUCUCUAAGCCAUAAGGUUGAUAUUGAAAAAGUACUUUCAUUCCCACUUACGUCUUUGCCAACAUCCAAGUGUUAUGCUGAUGGAACUAUUUGCAAAACAGAUAAAGCACAGUUUGUCGCAAUAAUCGAGAAAACAAUGGAAGACAAUAUCAAUAAGCAUCCGCUGUGUUUCGACAUAGCUAUACUAGAUGGCUUCUUCAUGAAAGAAAUACCUCAAACUUUUAAUGGGUUAUCUAAUAAGGUCCUCAGUACAAUAACUCAAUUUAAAGCAAGUCGCAUUGACAAUAUAUUUGAUCAAUAUUUUACACCCUCAAUUAAAGAUUCUAAGCGUACACGUAGGGAUGAAUCGGCCAGCCCAGUUUCGAUUGGAUCUAAUCAAAUACGACCUCAUAACUAUACUGCUCAGCUCAAAAAUAUUCAAUUCAAGGAAGAUCUAGUUAAAUUUUUUUUAAAAACUGGUCUACUGACGACAUGGCACCUUUUAUUGGCAAUAAAACAAUUUACUUAA